AUGGCCGCAAAUGAUACACUCCAUCAACAGCAACAACAGUGUAUUCGGCCGAUCGUUGGUACACCAGGACCACACCAAUACAGCGCUACCCCAGUCGCAGCCACACAGGGUGCCUCUCACCAGACAGGAGUAGAAGGGCCUCAUCGCGGUGCCCAAGUCCCCGCUGUGAAUGUGCAAGCCGCGCGAGAACAGCCGGGUACUCAGCAAGAGCAGUGGCUCAUCAGUGCGCAUCCAGACCUUCAAGGAAAGGCCGUAACGAUAAUUCCAGCCAUUCCCGCGAAGCAGGGCACUAUCGGAUCUGCCGUCGAUUAUAAAGAUGAGAUGCUCGUACCACGCGAUGUGUGGCGCCUACGCUCCCUGCCUUCCUACAAGCGUUAUAUCGCAUACCGCCAAAUGGCAGAGCUAGGACGUCAGAUGAGCGAGUAUGACCAAACUAGCAAAGAAAAUCAGUCGCUAUGGAAGCGUAUCACAGCCUUCGAAGCGAGCUUGAUUGAGGCCGAGGUGGAGUUUGCGAAUGGACUCAAGCAAGAUACAGCUGAAACUAGGGCGAGGUGGGACCGGAUCGUAGCGGCUCAGGCAGUUGGGACUCUAGUCGACCAGGAUAUGGUAGCUGCGUAUGACCAGUAUUGCGGCGUUGCAUCUGCGACGUCCCCGGUGGAUGUGGCAGACACGACCCAACUGCCCAUAUCUGAUCAAGUUCAAGCAGGGCAGAUAUCACCACCACAGCCCCAGACUCCUAGAACUCUUGCGCCCACCAUUACUUCGUCAGUACCGGUAGAGACCAUCAGACCAGACCAGGUAACACAUCCCCUAGACAAGGUCUCAGUUCCGCCAUACCCCGGCGAGCUCGAGGACUUCACCCCGCACGAAGUCACCGGUAUGUACAAAUGCAACCACCAGUAUGAAACCGGGGCCUGCUGCAUAGAAGGAGUCACAAAGGAAAGAAAGAGAGCCUCAAUCUCUAGGGAUAAGUCAGCGUGGAAACGAAAGGUAGAAUACUUGGUCAAGAAGGGCGACUUGCAUGAAAGCCACAUGACAUGGAAGAAGGAACAGUCACCCAAUAAGGGGAAAGAUGAGAAGAUGAAGAAUGUGGAGAAAGAGCGACUGCGGGAUGAAAAGAAGGCGGAUGCCACCGCGAAGAAGGGAGCGAGAAAGGAACGGAGUAAAAAAUGGCGCGAGCAACCACGCGAUGCGACUGAUGCAGGAGCUACAACUGGACCUAUCGUGGCACCAAACCCGCUCGAGCAGAACUACUCGUCAGCCUCUGAAAUUGAUUCCGAACUUUCUCCAGAAGAAGAGGCCGCCGCCGCUGAGACUGCAGUUCAAGAAAAGAUUGCAAGAGCGCUCAAAGACUACGAGCGAAGAUUCAAGUACUGUAGGCGUCUUGAGAAAGUGAAGAAGUGGCCUAAUUGGCCACGCUUCAAUGAGUAUUGGGAGGUCAAACAUCUUGAGGCUCAGGGUUUCAAGCUCUCGCCAGAGCAGAUAAUCAUCUCGAAGGGUGAUGAACCGUCUGGAAUUCCGGACAAGAACCCCGCGUUUGUGAAGAAGAAGGCUGAGGAGAUGGUGCCGGCGCUGGGUCAGGAACCAGUAGACGCGGAAGAGAGCGUUGAGAUAGACGACUCGAAUUUGGAUGAAUUGUUCGAGGAUGCGGAGCAAAACAUCGAGCAAGAUGCUUCGGGAUUGGACGAUCUAUUUGAAGAUGAUGGUUCAGAGUAG